AGCGUUACCCUGGGAUCUGAAGUGAGCAACAGUCUGUUCAGUGUGGAUCAGAGAAUAGGAAACACCACAACGUGAGGGAAUGUUCAGGGCCUUCCUUGCCCAAUCCUGAGCUGUGCCAUGGCAGAGACUGGAGAAGAGGAGACAGUGUCAGCAGAAGCCUCAGGGUUCUCAGACUUGAGUGACUCAGAGUUCCUAGAAUUUCUGGACCUGGAAGAUGCUCAAGAGUCAACUGCUUCACUUAGGAAGCCUGGUCCUUCUGAUCUCCCAGGGAAGGAUGGCAAGCCCAUAAGUGUACAAAAUUGGAAAAGAGGAUUGGAUGUCUCAUCACCCAUGGAGAGAUUCCACCUUAAAUAUUUAUAUGUCACUGACCUGUCUAAUCAGAACUGGUGUGAAUUGCAAAUGGUAUAUGGGAAGGAGUUUCCUGGUGUCUUGACACCUGAGAAGGCAGCUGUUUUGAACACUGGUGCCAGCAUUCACCUAGCAAAAGAACUAGAACUUCAUGAUCUUGUGACUGUCCCUAUCACCACUAAAGAAGAUGCUUGGGCAAUUAAGUUUCUGAACAUACUAUCAAUGAUUCCUAUCCUGCAGUCAGAAGGGCGCAUCAGAGAGUUUCCAGUGUUUGGGGAAGUGGAGGGUGUGCUUCUUGUGGGAUUGAUUGAUGAGCUGCACUAUACAGCUAAGGGGGAAUUGGAACUGGCUGAGCUCAAGACACGCAGGCACCCUGUGCUCCCUGUGGAAGCUCAGAAAAGGAAAGACUAUUUUCAAGUCAGCCUAUACAAAUAUAUCUUUGAUGCCAUGGUACAAGGGAAAGUGGCCCCUGCCAGCCUAAUCCACCAUGCAAAGUUGUGUCCAGAAAAGCCACUGGGGCCUUCAGUGCUAAGGCAUGCCCAUCAGGGAGGAUUCUCUGUGAAGUCUUUAGGUGACCUCAUGGAACUGGUCUUCCUGUCUCUAACACUGUCUGACCUCCCAGUUAUUGAUAUCCUGAAGAUUGAGUAUAUCCACCAAGAGACGGGCACCAUGCUGGGUACAGAGAUUGUAGCCUUUGAUGAGAAGGAGGUGAGAGGCAAGGUACAGCAUCAUAUGGCCUACUGGAUGGGCCACCGAGAGCCUCAAGGGGUUGAUGUGGAGGAGGCUUGGAAGUGCGGGACAUGUAACUAUGCAGACAUCUGUGAGUGGAGGAAGGGCAAUGGAGCACUCAGCUCCACACUGGAGCCUCAAGUCAAAAAAGCCAAAUGAAUAGAAAGUAUGCUUUCAGGAACAUGGAUCCUUCCUGCUCCUGAUGUACCUGGGUAAGAGAGGAUCAGUCUCUGAGCUUGCCUUUCAUGAAGAGUGUUUUUAUUUUGGUUCUUUUUUAUAUUUCCACAACCUCUAACCACAUUCAAAUCUAGGACCAAGGCUUAAGUAUGAGUUGGAAAGAUGUGGGGUUAUAUUGUCCCUCAAGCUUUGCCAUGGAUCUCCAAGAAGACAGAUGCACAUCAUGGCUGGAACAAAAGUAGCCUUCAGCAAACAUCGCUUUCCUAAGAAAAUUCUUCAGUUUCUGAUAAAUCUCUAUUUUUUCUCUGUCAAGGCU